CUUUGUAAAGAUGAAAUUUAACUGUUUGGUGGUAGUAUUCCUCAUUUUCACUUUGUGCGAAUUGGCAGCGGGUCAGACUGCUGCUGAAGUGGCAGCCUACAAGCAAAUGCAACAGACUUGCAUCAAGGAGCUCAACAUUGCUGCCGGUGAUGCCAAUUUGCUAACCACAGACAAGGAGGUGGCAAAUCCCUCGGAGUCGGUAAAGUGCUAUCAUAGUUGUGUCUACAAAAAACUCGGACUCCUUGGAGACGAUGGAAAGCCCAAUGCCGACAAGAUCUUCAAGUUCGCCCAGAUCCGAUUUAGCAGCCUGCCCAUCGACAAACUGAAGGCCCUUCUCACUAGCUGUGGAGCUACCAAAUCGACCAAUAUCUGUGACUUUGUCUACAACUACGAAAAAUGUGUGGUCAAGGGAAUUAAUGCCUAAACAAUAAAGUAAUUUUAAG